AUGACCCUUUUUGAGAAGUCGACGCAACAACAGAUCCCUUUUUGGGGAAUGGUCGCAGUCCAACCGUUCGUCACUAAUGGCCCUGAGCCUGUCUUCAUCUCUAUCACCCUGUCAUCACUGAACGAUCCUCCUGUUGGGGUUGUCCUAUACCCUGUAAACUCUUGGACAACUUUCGGACACUCCUAUCUUCCCAUCGAAUCCAUCACCGGUGACAUCUAUCGGGUUGGUGAUAUCGACAAUCAGAACAGCAAUCAGGCGCAAGGAAAUUUCACCGUUGUGCUUCGUCUUUUGUUUGGAGAUCCUCCAUACGUCGAACCUACCCUUCUCCACCACCACAUCGCCAACGUCAUCGAAUUUCUUCCCACAAUGUCCAGGAUAGAAAAGCUCAACAAUUCCAUCCUGAGCGUCUUUGACGGCACAAACUGGAACACUUGGUCGGACAACUAUAUGAGCAUAUGCAUGCACCAGGGCACUUGGGGGGUUGUGAAACCCUCUUAUAUCACGGUUAAUGGUGCGCCGGCUGCCAACAUCGGUGCAGUCAAACACCCUUCAACUGCUGGGGACACCCAGAAUCAAUGGGAUGUUGCCAAUGAAAAGGCACUGGGUCUUGUGCGGGUUUACAUCACCCAGAAUUUGCGCAAAGGAAUCUUUAUGGACGGUCAGAGGGAGCGCACUGUGCGCGAAGUUUGGGCGAAAAUGGCAACGGAUUAUGGCCAACCAAAUGCCAUUGAUGCUUUCGUCGAGUACCGUCUCCUGAACACCACCACCUUCCAUGGUGGUGACACCAUUGAAAAGCAAAUCAUGGAAAUGGAGACUCGUCGUUGCCAGUGUUCAGAAGGAGGAAUCGAGAUCCCCGACUACCUCUUCGCUACUCUCAUGCUCGCCGCUCUGCCCGCUUCCAGCAGAGGUUUCGUCACCUCUUACCUGGCCAAUCGUCCUAUCGCUUCCUUGAACCCGGUCAAUGUCAAGAACAGCGUCAUUGGGAAUAUCAAGAUCGAGAACCUCGACAUGACGUUGAACUCGAAGAUUUCCACUGUUCCGUCCCUUGCCACCCGCUGCACUCAUUGUAACAAGUCCGGUCAUGUUGCGGCAUCCUGCUACAAGAAGUAUCCCAACCUCAAGCCUACUGGUCAAUCUUCUGACAAAGGCAAGGGGAAGCAGGAUGAGGGGAAGAAGAAAAAGAAGAAGGAGAAGAAGAAUAGUGGUGAUGGUACCAGCACUGUAAACAACAAAGAGGUUGUAGCUGCUCCCGCGGUUGCAGCUUCUUCUUCUAAUGGAAUGCACUUCUCAUCCUAUUUCAUGAGUGACUCCCUCCAACACAACGAUGAUGGAAUUUUUGUUGAAGAAAUGGGAGACAACUCCAAAAUUUGUUUUCUAUGGGAUUUGGGUUAUACACAUCAUAUGACAAACACCCGAUCCAAUCUUCACAACAUCAGACCUAUUGACACCUAUGUAGUCAUUGGGUCAGGAGCUUGCUUCAAGAAUGAAGCCAUUGGAGAUAUUGUGUUGCGGGGUCAUACUAGUAGUGGCAUGGACUACACCUUCACGCUGAAGGAUGUCAUCUACAACCCGCACAUAAGAGGGCACUAUCUUUCUGGGUAUGCGCUCGAUCAGGCUGGUUACUACACCGUGGUUGGUGACAACAAGGCAAUCCUAGUCACCAAGGAUUGGCUCAACAAGGGAAAAGCGCAUGGGGAUGUCUUGAUGACCUUUAAAGCAAGCAAUCACUGCUACUGGUACUACCCUGAGGAGCUCGUGGCACCGCCUGUGUCUGCAUCUCACGAGUCUACCGCGCUCGCUUCCCUGGAAACUACCGAUCGUGAAUUUUGA